AGCGACUGAGCCCCAGUCAUGGCUCACAGGCCGAAAAGGACAUUCCGGCAGCGCCGAGCCGACUCGAGUGACAGUGAUGACACUCAGGAACUGAGUGCGGCAGCCGAUGCGCCGGGAGAGUCGGCUCCGGGCGCUGCGGAGGAAGAGUCGCCGUCCGGACGACCCCACGCGGAGGUGACGCAGCGACCUUUCCGGGGCCGUGCCCGUCGCGGCCGCGGAUACGUCUGGGCGAGCUCCCGGCGCACCGAGGGAGCCGCGCCGCACGCGGAGGUCUGCGCAGGCGCCCCAGAAUCCAGAACAGUUGAUGUUUCAACUGAUGAUGAGGACGGAACUUCUCAUUCUUCAGAAAGAAAGGAUGAUCAGAGUUUCCCUAACAAAACCUCUAGCUCUCAGGAGGAAGAAGAAUUUUCAUUAGUAGAUAUCCCUGAUGCAGCUUUUAUUCAAGCAGCCCGCAGAAAGCGUGAAUUGGCUAGGACCCAAGAAGACUAUAUUUCUUUGGAGGUAAAACAUCCAGUCACCAUUUCUAGCAUGAAGAAAAGCAGUGAUGAAGAUCCUGAGAGUGAGCCCAAUGACCAUGAAAACAGAAUCCCAUUUACCCCAAAGCCGCAAACACUGAGACAAAGAAUGGCUGAAGAAACAACAACCAGAAAUAAAGAAUCAAGUGAAGAAAGUCAGGAUGAUGAAAAUCAAGAUAUGUGGGAGGAGCAGCAAAUGAGGAAAGCAGUUAAAAUCAUAGAGGGACGAGACAUGGAUCUUUCCCGCAGGAGUAAACCUCAAGUGGUGAAGAAGUUUGAUACUUCCAUUUCAUUUCCACCAGCAAAUUUGGAACUUAUAAAGAAGCAGAUAAAUACAAGAUUAACACUAAUACGGGAUACUCAUCGUGCACACCUGAGGGAAUAUGAAAAAUAUGUAGAAGACCUCAAGAGCUCAAAAAAUGCCAUCCAGAAUCUAGAGACUUCAUCAACUCAAGCCCUAAAUUUUAAAUUCUAUAAAAGCAUGAAAACUUAUGUGGAAAAUUUAAUCGACUGUCUUAAUGAAAAGAUUGUCAGAAUCCAAGAAACAGAAUCAUCCAUGCACUCGCUCCUUCUUAAGCAAGCUAUGAUCUUUACAAAACGCAGACAAGAUGAAUUAAAACAUGAAUCAGCAUAUUUACAGCAGUUAUCACGCAAGACUGAGGCAUCAGCAAAUGGAAGCCUUACUAUAGAUGAAAAAACUCAGUGCAUUUUAGAAGAGAUUGAAUCUCGAAGGGAAGGAAGAAGACAAGCAAGGGCAAUUUCUGGGAAUUGUAAUCAUCAGGAAGGUACAUCUAGUGAUGAUGAACUGUCUUCAGCGGACAUGAUGGACUUCAACGAAAGCCAAGGUGAUGUUUUACAGGAUCGUAAGAAAAUUUUUGAAGAUGUGCAUGAUGAUUUUUGUAAUGUCCAGAAUAUUCUAUUGAAAUUUCAGCAAUGGCGAGAAAAGUUUCCUGAUUCUUACAAUGAAGCUUACAUUGGUUUAUACAUUCCAAAGCUCUUAAGUCCCCUAAUACGAGUUCAGCUGAUUGAUUGGAAUCCUCUUAAGUUUGAUUCCAUAGGUUUAAAACAGAUGACCUGGUUCACAUCUGUUGAAGAGUAUAUCGAUAGCAAUAUGGAUUCAAAGCAGGAAAAUAAUUCUGAUAGGAAAAUCUUAUCUACUAUCUUGAACAAGACAGUUGUUCCUCGACUUACAGACUUUGUAGAAUUCAUAUGGGAUCCUUUGUCAACCUCACAGACGGCCAGUUUAAUAAUGCAUUGCAGAAUGAUUCUUGAGGAACAUUCCACUUGUGAAAAUGAAGUUAAUAAAGGCAAACAGGAUUUAAUUAACUCCAUCAUUUCAAGAAUGAAGAAGGCAAUAGAAGAUGAUGUUUUUAUUCCUUUGUAUCCAAAGAGUGCUACAGAAAACAAAAGCUCACCUCAUUCUAAGUUCCAAGACAGACAGUUCUGGUCAAGUCUAAAGCUCUUCCACAAUAUUCUUCUUUGGGCUGGACUCCUCCCAGAUGACACCUUGCUUGAGCUGGGCCUCGGGAAGCUGCUGAACCGUUACCUUCUGAGAGCCCUUUUCAAUGCCACAGUUGACCCAGAUGUUGUUCAAAAGUGUAGCAAGGUAGCAGCAUAUUUACCAGAAAAAUGGUUUGAAAGUUCUGUCAUGAAAACAUCUAUUCCCCAACUAGAAAAUUUCAUCCAGUUUUUACUACAGACUGCACGUAAAUUAUCUGAAAGUGAAUUCAGGGAUGAAGUCAAGGAGAUACUUCUUAUUCUGGUGAAAAUAAAAGCUCUGAAUCAAGCAGAAUCCAUCAUUGAAGAAUGUCAUCUAGACCACCUUAAACCAGUAUUAAAAGAUAUUUGAGUAAACCUUACAGGAAAGUACUAAAUAACUUUUUUAAUAUAGUCACACUGAUCCUAUACUUGAAAAGAAUUCAGUACAAGUAAGAUUUUGUUCCCCCACUUUCUACUUUUUAGUAUCAUAAAAGGCUACUGCUUCUGCAACACUUGAAAGAAUUAACACACAGAAGCAGCAAGAGUUUGAAUGCAUCUAUUUCAUCUGAAUUCUUUUAGCUCCUUUUCUAAUUUAAAAGAGUUGGAGAAGCCAUGCUCAUAGUUGUUUGAUCUUAGGUGAAUCUUCUGCCUUGAACCCUAAAACCAUCUUCCAGUUUCUUUAUUGCAGCUCUCUCAUAUUAUAACAAGUGAAAAUGGAAAUCUUAAUUGGACUGUAUUACAUGGUCGCCUCAUCCCUUAAUAAGUUAUUGUUAGCUUCUUCUUGAGAAAUGUAUUACCAAUGCCGUCUGUUCACUCAGGAUGAGUUGUCAAUGAACCCUCACCAGCUGGAGGUAUUAUCAUUAUUCUUUGACUGAUUGCAAACUUAACAGGGUAAAAAGAAUCUUUGAAAUUACUUUGUCUACUCAAGAGUGAAUUGUUAUUUUUGUCGUCAUUGUAUUUUCUUGAAAAUACGGAUUCAUCUCUUUUAAUAAAUUUUCUAUGUUAAGGAUAUCAAUAUUAUGCAAGACCUGUGUUAUACUUUUGGUUUACUAAGUUAUUUCUUGUUAGGUAAUUUAAUGUCUCUUUAUUAGGUGUUUGUCAUUGGUGAUAGAGAGGAAAUAGGUUUUUAAGAACUCUGGAACAUGUGAUUUAUUUAAUCAAGCAUUUUUAUAAUUAAAGUCCAAAAUAUCAGGAAGUCGAUUAUAUUCUAGGAUUUGGGUACACGGCCUCUGACAUUUAUUUCCCGUUGUUUUAAAUCUGCAUAUAUUUUAACAAUUUGCUGUGCUAUUUCUGCUGCAGUAAAGAUUCAUCAGAUGGAAUGGAAUCUUUUUCAGUUUCCAUUAUGAAGAACAACUAGAAAAUUCAAGCUGUUGAUGAAAAGCAUUUGGCAUUUCCAGACAGUUUUGUGAUGCAGAAGUAACUGCUUUUUUAUUGCUACCUUCUCAGGUGUUUCUCCUCUUGUUUUUUCACACAAA